AUCUCUUAUAGCUGGAGCAGCGAUUGGUCCAUUUUAGACGGGAAUGAUAAUCGGCAGUAUAAGAACGUGGGUUUCUUAUCUUAAAACGUACUUUUUUGCAACGGCAGCAGCGUAAGCUUGUUACACACAAAAGAUGUAUAAACGGAUGCCAUCGGAUGAACCAAUAGAGGAUGACGCAAAGCGAGUCUACCAGGGAGAGCGUUAUCCACCUAUACCGCUACCGCCACCGCCAAUCCGAACAGGAACAAAUGCGCCAAUACUUUUGGAAUCGACACAUGUUAUUAUACAAGUUACUCCCGACAUUGUAAUGCAAAAUGAUAGUCUGGAAGCGAAAAACAUUAUUUUUAAUGAUCAAUCCAUACGAAAGGGUUUCAUACGAAAAGUAUACUUAAUUCUCUUGGCACAGUUGGUCGUCACGUUUGGCGUUAUAUGCAUUUUUAUGUACCAUGAACCAACCAAUAACUUCGUGCAAGAGAACCCAGAAGUGAUGAGUGUAGCCAUGGUCAUCAACAUUGUCGUAUUGUUUUCAAUGGCCUGCUGUGAAACUGCUCGACGCACCUUCCCCAUUAACUUUGUGUGCCUGGGUUUCUUCACGGUGACCAUGUCGCUACUUCUUGGUGCCGCUGCUGGCACCCUUGACAGUGUCGUGGUGCUAGAGGCUGUGGCAAUAACUGCAGCGCUGGUUGUGGGGCUGUCCAUAUUUGCCAUACAAACGAAAUAUGAUUUUACCUCUUGUCGCGCUGUCUUGGUGUCGGUAGUGAUCUGUUUGUUGGUUCUUUCAAUUUCGGCUUCCUUUGUACGCGAAUCCUUUGCUGAUAUUGCGUUGUCGUGCCUUGGUGCCUUACUGGCCUCUUUCCUAUUGAUCUAUGACACACAAUUGAUUAUCGGCGGCAAUCAUAAGUAUCAGUUUAAUCCGGAGGACUAUAUAUUCGCGGCAUUGACUUUGUAUAUGGAUAUUGUGCGCAUAUUUGUGUAUGUAUUACGUUUAUUAGCUAGAAGGUAAACGCUUUUGUCAGUGCUUAAUAUUCUCAUAUGCAUAAUGCUGAUACUUUGAAUCGAAUUAUAUAAUUAAGUCAAUAUCUAUAUGAAUUUAUUAUUGAUGUUAUACAAGAGAUUUAUGAAGGUUUAUUGACAACAACUAAUUCCAAUAUGAAACAUAGAAACACAACGGCCAAAAAAUGAUCAAAAUAAUAAUAAGAUUACAGAGCCUUGCAGAUCAAAACUGAACUUAUGUCUUCUAAAUUUCAUAAAAAACGAAAAUGAAAAAAAAAAAAAUACGACUGUUCCUGGGGUAGUUAUAGUGGUCCGAUGUUGUUUGCCGAGAUAUCUUGGUAAAUAUAAAAGUUGUUCAUAGAGGAGCUAUGGAAGCUAUAAGAAUGCCUGACAUGGCUAUAUCGACUCGGCUAAUGACUCGGAUAAAGAAUAUAUCUAUCUAAUCAAGGUACGCACUGCAAGGGUAUACAAAUUCAAUUUUUACACUUAACUUACCAGAACCGACAUUGAAAUACAAUUUCGGUUGGUUCCCUCAUUUUAAUUAAUGUUUAAUUAAGCUCAUGACAACAAAUAUGGCUACAUCUAAACUAUACUUGUGUAACUAUUCACUAUAUUUAAAUAAAUAUAUUGUUUAUAUUGAUUGUUUUAUAUGCACAGACAACUUUUGUAUUUCAAAACUAAUAAAUAAUAAAUCGAACAUAAACAAAAAA